UUCUGCCUGCGAUGUCACUUCCGGCGGAAAGAAAGACGGCGAAGGCUGCUUUCCUCGCUUCUUUCUUUUCGGCGCCAUCAUGGGUCGCAUGCACGCGCCUGGAAAGGGCUUGUCCCAGUCGGCCUUGCCUUACAGGAGAAGCGUGCCUACAUGGCUGAAACUUACUUCCGAUGAUGUCAAAGAGCAGAUUUACAAGUUGGCAAAGAAAGGCUUGACACCUUCCCAAAUUGGGGUAAUAUUAAGGGACUCGCAUGGGGUUGCCCAAGUUCGUUUUGUGACUGGUAACAAAAUUCUGAGGAUUCUUAAAUCCAAGGGACUUGCCCCUGAUCUCCCAGAAGAUCUUUACCACUUAAUCAAGAAAGCAGUUGCUGUCCGCAAGCAUCUUGAGAGGAACCGCAAGGAUAAAGAUGCCAAAUUCCGACUUAUUUUGAUUGAGAGCAGAAUUCACAGGUUGGCUCGUUACUACAAGACCAAGAGAGUACUCCCACCUAAUUGGAAGUAUGAAUAUCCAAUAAGGUAUCAACUCAAUUUUGAGGAACAACAGUAAGAUUUUUUUCCUUAUGUGUGUGUGUAAGACUGCUAGGGUCUUGUCUAUUACAGAAGAUAACAAUGGGCGAUAACUAUAAUGUCCUUUUAUAAAAUUGCAUAAUAUUACCAUCUGAACGUUUUUCCUCCAACUAUAAAAUUGAUGCAGACCUGGAAAAUAAGCAAUUUUGAAUAGAG